GCUGCGGGUUGUGGGCAGCGGGCUGCGGGAGAACUCGCCUGCGGCGCGAGGAUCUCGCUGACCCCGCGCAUCCUCACCACCCUCCCUCGCGCCAGCGGGGACAGCGGGCGCCCCGGAGCGGAGCGCGGCGGGCGGGCGCCCGGGAGAUGCGGAGUCGCCGCGGCGGCGCGUUUGGCGCGACAGCACUGGUCCCUGGGAGGUGUGCCAUGGAGCCCUUCUGUCCACUCCUACUGGCAAGUGUUAGCUUGUCACUCGCCAGAGCUGGCAAGGGCAACGACACCACCCCAGCAGAGAGCAACUGGACCAGCACAACUGCGGGCCCUCCGGACCCUGGAACCUCCCAGCCGCUGCUCACCUGGCUGCUGCUGCCUCUGCUCCUCCUCCUGCUCCUCCUCGCAGCCUACUUCUUCAGGUUCAAGAAGCAGAGGAAAGCCGUGGUCAGCAACAACGACAAGAAGAUGCCUAACGGCAUCCUGGAAGAGCAAGAGCAGCAGAGAGUGAUGCUGCUGAGCAGGUCUCCAUCAGGUCCCAAGAAGUACUUCCCCAUCCCAGUGGAGCGCCUGGAGGAGGAGAUCCGCGUGAGAUCAGCAGAUGAUUGCAAGCGCUUCCGUGAGGAGUUCAAUUCACUGCCAUCUGGACACAUACAAGGAACUUUCGAUCUAGCAAAUAAAGAAGAAAACAGAGAAAAAAACAGAUAUCCCAACAUUCUGCCCAAUGAUCAUUCCAGAGUGAUUUUGAGCCAAGUGGAUGGAAUCCCCUGCUCGGACUACAUUAACGCUUCCUACAUAGAUGGCUACAAAGAAAAGAACAAAUUCAUAGCAGCUCAAGGCCCUAAACAGGAGACAGUGAAUGACUUCUGGAGGAUGGUCUGGGAACAGAAGUCAGCCACCAUUGUCAUGUUGACGAACCUGAAGGAGAGGAAGGAGGAGAAGUGCUACCAGUACUGGCCAGACCAGGGCUGCUGGACCUAUGGGAACAUCCGGGUGUGUGUGGAGGAUUGCGUGGUUCUGGUGGACUACACCAUCCGCAAGUUCUGCAUCCAUCCGCAACUCCCUGACACCUGCAAAGCCCCACGGCUGGUCUCACAGCUACACUUCACCAGCUGGCCUGACUUUGGGGUACCUUUCACUCCCAUCGGAAUGCUGAAGUUCCUGAAGAAAGUGAAGACACUCAACCCCUCACAUGCUGGGCCCAUUGUGGUCCACUGCAGCGCGGGCGUGGGCCGGACAGGCACUUUCAUUGUGAUCGACGCCAUGAUGGACAUGAUACACUCAGAACAGAAGGUGGAUGUCUUUGAAUUUGUGUCUAGAAUCCGCAAUCAGCGCCCUCAGAUGGUCCAGACGGAUGUACAGUAUACAUUCAUCUACCAAGCUUUACUGGAGUACUACCUCUAUGGGGACACAGAGUUGGAUGUGUCCUCCCUGGAGAGGCACCUACAGACCCUACAUGGCACAGCCAACCAUUUUGACAAGAUCGGGCUGGAGGAAGAGUUUAGGAAACUGACCAACGUGCGAAUCAUGAAGGAGAACAUGAGGACGGGCAACCUGCCCGCCAACAUGAAGAAGGCCCGUGUCAUCCAGAUCAUCCCAUAUGACUUCAACCGGGUAAUUCUCUCCAUGAAAAGAGGGCAAGAAUACACAGACUAUAUCAACGCAUCCUUCAUAGAUGGCUACAGGCAGAAGGACUACUUCAUGGCCACACAGGGGCCUCUGGCUCACACAGUUGAGGACUUCUGGAGGAUGGUGUGGGAGUGGAAAUCACACACAAUCGUCAUGCUGACCGAGGUGCAGGAGCGGGAGCAGGAUAAAUGCUACCAGUAUUGGCCAACAGAGGGCUCAGUGACUCAUGGAGAUAUAACUAUAGAAAUAAAGAGUGACACCUUGUCUGAAGCCAUCAGCAUACGAGACUUCCUGGUUACUUUUAAACAGCCCCUGGCCCGCCAGGAAGAGCAAGUCCGCAUGGUGAGACAAUUCCAUUUCCAUGGCUGGCCGGAGGUCGGAAUCCCAGCUGAGGGCAAAGGCAUGAUCGACCUCAUUGCAGCAGUGCAGAGGCAGCAGCAGCAGACAGGCAACCACCCCAUCACCGUGCACUGCAGUGCGGGAGCAGGGCGGACAGGUACAUUCAUAGCACUCAGCAACAUUUUGGAACGAGUGAAAGCUGAGGGACUCCUAGAUGUGUUUCAAGCUGUGAAGAGCUUAAGACUUCAGAGACCACACAUGGUGCAAACGCUGGAGCAAUAUGAAUUCUGCUACAAAGUGGUACAAGAUUUUAUCGAUAUAUUUUCUGAUUAUGCUAAUUUCAAAUGAAGAUUCCUGCCUUAAAAUAGUUUUUAAUUUAAUGGUCAGUAUAUUUUGUAAAAAAAAAGAAAGUUAAUUUAUUUCCUAGUGAACAUUAAUACCCUUCUUAAUUCCUUUGUAUAUAUUUUGUUAUGUUUUAAAGGUUACCUGCUAUAAGGGUAUGAAGUCUUAAAUGCCCUUUUUAAAAAUUGGAAUGUGUUAAGAUCCAAUAUUAUCUGGGAAGAUUAUAUAUUUCUGCUAAUAUCAGUCAAUAUCUUAAUUCUGUUAGAUUCACAUCAUGUGAUGUCACAUGUCACACAUCUGUAAUUGUAGUUCUUAAUAUGUCAAAUAUGUUUGUGAAAGACACUAAACAUUGAAGCCCCUUGUGGAGAAAACAGUUGAGGACUCAGAAUCAGGAAACAUUUACUCUCCCUACCAACUGUGGCAUCAGGGCAUCAGGGCGUGGCAAAUAGUAUACAUGGGGGCUUCGGUAAAGUCCUAGGUCUCAGCCAUGUGGUUUGUCUUUACAUUUGAAAGAUCAAAGAAGGAGCCAGGCAUGGCAGUGCAUACCUGUGUUUCUAGCACUUGAGGGGCUAAAGCAUUAAGGAUUGCCUUCAGGUCCAAGUGGAUGGAUGGAUAUAUAUAUAUAUCUCAGAUCCUGCAACCUGGAUCUUGGUCUCAGAUCCACAAGGAUAGAUGGUGACUUUCCAGUGAAUUUUUAAAGGCAUUUACUUAUGAAAGGCUGUGUUUCUACCACUGUAGACUUGAUGAGAAGAGGUGCUGGUCCCAGGUCAUCUAUUCUUACUGGCUUCCAGCAUCCUCAUACUAGCCAUCAAAGCUGUGUUCCUAGGGAACGACUUGCUGUCCAUCUGCCUGUGUGCCUGGCUCAGAAUCCAGCCAAGCUAAUUUCCAAUGUCCCUCCUGCUGGCCCAACUGCCUGUACUGACCUUAAUUGAGUCUACUGUCUCAAUUCAAAACAACUUCCUUCCCUUCAUCAUUGAAAUGAAGUGUCUUACACACACACACACACACACACACACAGAUAGAAGCAGUAGGAUGACCACAAGCAAUUGCACUGUAAACCUCCUGUCAGGCAUUAGGUAUGUCAGGAUUUUCUUUGUAAAAAGUUAGGAUGGUUUAUAAGAAAAGAAAUCUUAAAAUCUAGAUUUAUACAGUUUUUUAAACAUCCCACUCCUUGGUGUUUAAUUUUAAAAA